AUGGAAAGGCUGGUCAAUCCGGCUCUGUCGAAUCUCCCCGCAUUCCUCGUUCAAAACGGCGGUCUUAACUCGGGAUUCAUGAUAGCUCAUUGCACUGCUGCUGCGCUAACCAGCGAGAAUAAGGUUCUAUGUCACCCGUCAUCUGUGGAUACUCUAUCUACCUCUGCGGCUAAGGAGGAUCAUGUAUCCAUGGGAGGCUACUCCGCAAGGAAGUGCCUUGAGGUCAUCUCCAAUGUCGAGGUCGUCAUUGCUAUUGAGCUCAUGGCUGCUUGUCAAGCCCUCGAAUUCCACCGACCCUGUCGCACUACGGUGCCACUAGAGGCCGUAUAUGAUCUUAUACGGUCGGCCGGUGUAGAUCCAUAUGAUGAGGACCGCUACAUAGCCCCGGACAUUGACAAAGUCACCGAUCUCGUUAGGUCUGGUGCGGUAUGGAGAGUGGUGGAACCUUACCUUAAACAACGAGAGGAGAGCCAAAUCGACGAGGUCUCCCCCAUUGACAUGAUGCCGAGGGGUGAUAUCCUCACCCUAAGCCGGAAGCUUUAA